AUGGCCAUCGAUUCUGAAAAACAAGUUUCAUCAUCAAAUGCAACAAUAGUUCGUAUUGUUGAUAACAUUAAAAAAAGUGCAUCUGAUUCAUGGCAUUAUCGUGGGUUAGAACUUUCAAAUGAAAUGCUUGUUGUACUUAUAAGUCAUCCAAAUAUUGAUAAAGCUGCUGCUGCACUCGAUGUUUCAAUUGGUAGUUUAGCUGAUCCACGAGAUGUUUCUGGUAUUGCACAUUUUCUUGAACAUAUGCUAUUUAUGGGUAGUUCAAAAUAUCCAGGUGAAAAUGAAUAUUCAAAACUCAUAGAAGGUAAUGGUGGUUAUUCAAAUGCAUUUACUAGUCCUGAUCAUACAAAUUAUUAUUUUGAUAUUAAUCCAAGUUUAUUACCCGAUGCACUUGAUAUUUUUGCUCAAUUUUUUAUUUCGCCAUUGUUUGCUGCAUCAUCAACUGAUCGUGAAUUAGAAGCAGUUAAUUCUGAAUAUGAAGGAAAUUUAUUUAAAGAUAUAUGGCGUAUAGCUCAAUUAGAAAAAUCUACAUCAGAUUCAGAACAUCCAUAUUCAGGAUUUUCUAUUGGCAACACAGAAUCCUUAAGAACAAUACCUAAACAACGUGGAAUUGAUAUUCAAGAAGUACUUCUAAAUUUUUAUAAAACUCAAUAUUCAUCAAAUCGAAUGAGUUUAGCUGUCCUUGGCAAUCAAUCCCUUGAUGAACUUCAAUCACUUGUGAUGAAGAGUUUUAAAGAUAUACCAAAUAAAAAAUUACAAAAACCAAAAUAUUCACCCGAUCCAUAUGGUGAAAAGAAUCGAAAGACAAUAUGUUAUGUUGUUCCUGUCAAAGAAAGUCGUCAUUUAACAAUAAAUUGGGUUAUACCUGAUUAUAAAGACUUAUAUUAUUGUAAUCCUGAAUCAUAUCUAUCGCAUUUGAUUGGACAUGAAGGUGAUGGUUCACUAUUGUCAUAUUUAAAACAAUUGGGUCUUGCUAUUGAAUUAUCAUCUGGUGAUAAAAAUUCUGCACCUGGAUUUAAUUUUUUUACUGUUGAUUUGGAAUUAACUAUCGAAGGAUUAAAUCGAUGGGAACAAGUUAUUUAUAUUGUUUAUCAAUAUUUAACAAUGUUACGUAAAGAAGGACCAAAAGAAUGGAUUUUUAAUGAAUGCAAAAAUUUAAAUGAAAUGCAUUUUCAAUUUCGUGAAAAAGAACGACCGGAUGAUUUUGUUUCAAAUUUAGCUGGUCGAAUAAGGGAUUAUCCAUUAAUUGAAUGUCUUUCUGGUGAUUAUGAAAUGCGUGAAUUUCGUCCAGAUUUAAUAAAUAAAGUCCUCAAUGAAUGUUUAAUUCCAAGUAAAAUGAGAGUAUUCAUUACAAGUAAAGAAUUUGUAUCAAUAGCAACAGAAAAAGAAAAAUGGUUUGGUACACAAUAUAAAAAAGAAUAUUUACCAGAAGAACUUAUUCAAAAAUGUGAAACAUGUGAUAUUAUUCCUGAACUUCAUUUACCAAAACCAAAUGAAUUUAUUCCAACUGAUUUUCAUUUAUAUUCAAAAGAAAAAAGUUCCACACGACCACAAUUACCAAGAAAAAUUAAAGAAAAUGAGUUUUAUCGUCUCUAUUAUACUGAUGAUUCAUUUUAUAAAUUACCUAAAGCUUAUCUUUAUUUUGAACUUCGAAAUCCAUUAGGAAAUGUUGAUCCAAUACAUUUUAAUAUGAAUACAUUAUAUGUUGAAUUAGUUGAAGAUUCAUUAACUGAAGUUGUUUAUCCAGCACAACUUGGAGGAUUACAAUAUGAAUUAUCUGCUGUUAAUUAUGGUAUUCAGUUAACCCUAUAUGGAUAUAAUCAUAAAAUAAAAGAAUUACUUGAUACAAUUAUUGAUCGCAUGGUUAAUAUUAAAAUACAUGCACAACGAUUUGAAAAUAUUAAAGAAAAAGUUAAACGAGCAUUACAAAAUUUUCGACGUGAUGUUCCCUAUCAAAUGGCACAUUUUGGUGUAACUUAUUUAACAGCUGAAUAUCAAUGGAAUAAAGAUGAAUUACUUAGUUGUAUUGACGGUAUUACGAUGACUGAUGUCGAAUCAUUCAUUCCUCGAAUGUUAAAUCGUUUUUAUACUGAUUCAUUAAUGUAUGGAAAUUUAACAGAAAAUCAAGCUAUAGAAUAUAUGACUUCUGUUGUGCAAAAAUUUCAAGAAAAACAUUUCUAUCAACCACUUUUUCCAAGUAUGUGGUUUAAUCAACGUGAAUUAAUAUUACCUGAAGGUUGUAAUUAUGCAUACACGAUGCUAAAUGAUGCACAUAAAUUACAUGCUAUUGAAAUUUAUUUACAAUGUUUUCAACAAACAUUUGAAAAUAAUGCUUUACUUGAAUUAUUUUGUCAUCUUGUUGAUGAACCUUGUUUUGAUCAAUUACGAACAAAAGAACAAUUAGGUUAUGUUGUUAGUUCAGGUACACGUCGUUCACGUGGUGUACAAGGUUUUCGAGUUAUUGUUCAAUCUGCUCGACAACUCGGUUAUGUUAAUCACCGUAUUGAAUUAUUUAUUGAUUCGAUAAGAGAAUAUAUAUCAACAAUGCCUGAUGAUUUAUUUAAAAAACAACGUGAAGGUUAUAUGGUUAAAAAAGUAGAAGUACCAAAAAAGAUGCAAAGUCAAGGAAAUAAAUUUUGGAAUGAAAUAACAAAUCAUCAAUUUUGUUUUGAUCGACCUCAACUUGAAGUUGAAAUUAUAAAAACAUUAGAACGUAAUGAUUUACUUCGUUUUUAUGAUCAUUAUAUAUCAUUAAAUUCAAUGUAUCGACGUAAAUUAGCAGUUCAUGUUAAUCCAUCAUCAUUAGCACUUCAAAAACCAAUUAAUGAAACAAAUACUGAUGAAAAUGAAGAUGAACUAGAUGCUACGAAUGAUGAUGAGUUACUUUCUAAUGCUGAUGAAGAACAUACUCAGGCAGAGACUACUGCAACCGCCAGUAUCGAUCAUGAAGCAAUAAAAUUAACUGAACAACCAGUUGUAAUUGAUAAUUUAACUGAAUCAAAAUUAAAAGGAACCGAACUCAAUUUGCCUAUAAAAGAACUCAAUUUACCAAAAGUGGAAUGGAUUGAAAAUAUACAUAUGUGGAAAAGUAAAUUACCAUGUUAUCCACUGGCUCAAUCAUAUGACAAAAUUGACGAAAAAUAUAAAAUGGUUAAAGAACAUAGCUGGUAUCCAUAUGAAUUUCAAUCCGGUACAACAGUUGCUGUUGCCGGUGACGAUUAUGUUGUUGUUGCAAGUGACACACGUUUAACAGAAAAUUAUUCAAUACAAUCUCGUACACAUAGUAAUGUGUAUAAAAUGCACAACAAUUCGUUACUUUUAUCAACAGGUUUUCUUGGUGAUGUACUUACACUUAAGAAAACACUUGAAGGUCGUAUUAAGACAUAUGAAUAUACUCAUAAUAAACCAAUAUCAACUCCGGCUUUGGCUCAAAUGAUUUCUAUUAUGAUGUAUGGUCGUCGAUUUUUUCCUUAUUAUACAAAUACAGUUAUUACUGGUUUGGAUACUGAUGGUAAAGGUUGUAUUUAUGCAUUUGAUCCUGUUGGUUCAAUGACAAAACAACUUUAUGCAUGUGAAGGUAGUGCUAUGCCACUUAUUUUACCAAUACUUGAUGCAAAUAUUCUUGGUAAAAAUACAUCAAAACCAGGUCAAGUUAAGCGAACAAAAGAAGAAACUGUUAAAAUGAUAAAAGAUAUUUAUAUGGCUGCAUGUGAACGUAAUGUUGAACUUGGUGAUGGUGUUGUUAUUCAUACAUUAACCAAGGAGAAAGGCAUUGAAACUGAUGUUCAUCCAUUACGCAAAGAUUAA